CACAAUGAUGGGAGGUGCUCCAGCUCACAAGGGGUUCACAGUUGCAGAUGCUGCGGAUGAUGCUGUUGGAGAUUUAACCAGUGCAGACAGAUGACAGCUCCUUUAAAGCUUCCUGUGAAUAAUCAGGAUGGUUUCGAGCUUGAGGAAAUACAGGACCAUGUGUCUGAUGGUAGCACCCCAAAACCAGUGAUGGACAAUCCACCCAGAAAGAUGCCAGGCAAGUCACCUAGUGGGGUCUGUAGACUGAGCACCAUCUCAGAGCAAGACCCAGAUAAGCCGGACACUGAUCCCAGUUCCCAUGAUCCCCCAGGUGGCAGUGAAUGGCGUGGAUCCAGCUUCUCCACGUGUUCUGACAAGAUCAGGAACAGCAGCAGUCGUUUUUCCUCUGAUGACUCAUAUCAGCCCGAAGGUGGAGAUGACUGCGCAGGUCUUCUUCUCGCCUGUCUGCAUUGUCGUUUCCACGAGUUGAUGGUCCUCCUACCAGAUACGUGUGAAAGAGCUGUGAGCCGCUGUUUUCCCUCAUACAAUUACAUCACGGCUUCCAGUGAGCCAGAGCAGCAGGGGAAGGACUGCUGCAACUACAAGCUGGAGCUGGACUGUAACUGCUGUGGCUCCUGUCAGGAUGCAGGAGAACUUAUAGAGCUGGCCAUGGAGAUAUCAGAGGUCUGCUAUCGCUGA